GUGUUAAACAGAUUUAACCAAAUCAUCAUUUUUCGUGGGGAAAGUAUUAAAGUAACCUAAACAUAAGACCCACUUUUCCAGCGCCAAUGGAAGACAUAAGAUUUGUGACCAGGCAGCAAUGGCGGGCGCAACCAUCGUCGUUCGUUCCCACCAUGAACCCACCAGCCAAGAUGAUUAUGUUUGGGUUUCCUCAGCAACAGUACGCUCCUAAGGGCAAACCGUGGCUUGGAAGUCGACCUUCGUAUGAGUCGGCUGUCUCUGAGAUCAAGUUCAUUCAGAAAAUGGACCUUAAGAAGUAUCCAGACAUAAAAUACAACUUCCUCAUAGCACCUGAUGGGAUUGUAUUCGAGGGAAGAGGUUGGGACAAGGUCCCAACGUUGCCAUCAAAAUACAGAAUCUUUUCACACCUCUCCUACUACAUAAUGUUCAUAGGCGAUUUCAUAAAUGAACCUCCAGGUGACGAAUACUACAUAGCAAGGAAUAAGUUAUUACAGUUUGGUGUCAGGCACAACUAUUUGUGCAAACGAUUUCUGCUGUAUACGCUGAACAGCAAUAUAAAGUCGCCCAACGAAGCGUACGAUUUCAAUAAAAGAAGCUUGACCGGCUCGAAAUUCUGAAUAUACAAAUUCGUGUAAAUACGUGUAAAUAAUGUUAUUUCUAUUGA